AUGAUUGUCAAAGUAAACAUAAAUGGAGUCACUAAUGUUCAGUAUAUCAAAACUCAUAACCACAGUAUUGGUAUUACAAAUACCAUGUAUCAACCUAUACCAGAGAAAGUUUUGGAGACAGACAAUAGAAAUGAUGAAGAUACUGUUUUAACUAAAUCACAUCUUCUUACAAAAAAGAACAUUUCUGAUAUCAGCAGAGCAUUAAAAAAAGGAUGUCGGCUUCACCCUGAUGAUAGCGUUUCAACUUUUUUACUUGUUCAAAAUUUGAAGUCUGAAGAUUUUAAUAGCAUUCUGGUUUAUAAGCCACAAGGACAGCAAUUUGUUAAUGGCCCAAAGGUGUAUGAUGACAUUGACCUUAAUAAGGAUUCCUUUGUGGUUGGUAUACAAACAAAGCAUCAACUAUCAAUGUUUGAAACGCAUUCAUCUCAUAUUGUUUCUAUUGAUGCUACACAUUGUACCAAUCAGUAUGCAUUCCCUCUUGUAACUUUACUAGUUCGAGAUGAAUUUAAAAGGGGUUAUCCAGUAGCUUUUCUUAUUUCCAAUCAUGCAGACGAACAAACCAUAACACCAUUUUUAAAGGAAAUAAAUAGAAGAUGCAAUAAUUCUGUUAAAGUUAAUGCUGUUAUAACAGAUGAUGAUUUGUCAGGAUGGAAUGCUUUUACUAAUGUUUUUGGAGAUGUGCGCCACUUGCUAUGCAAAUGGCAUGUAAAACGUGCAUGGCGCAAUAAACUUCCUUUAGUUGGUCCAACUAAUUUACAAGAAGAAGUUUAUAGGAUCUUAGAGACAAUCGUUGACGAAAAAAACCCUGAUGUUUUUUUACCAACUAUGAAUGGUUUUGUAAAGGCAUAUGAACAUAAAUGUCCUAACUUCAUUAGAUACUUUGUUACAUACUAUGCUCCACGACAUCUAAAAUGGGCUUCUUGUUAUCGCAACUUUCAACAUGCAGACACUGAUACUAAUAUGUUAUGUGAAUCAUUUCAUAACAAAUUGAAAACAACAGUUAAAAGACAAUCAAAAGAUAUAACAUACAAUGUUGACAUUCUAACUGAAGCUUGUAAGGAAAGUUUGUGUUUGGUAUCAUGUAUAAAUCCAGCCUGUAAUGAAAUAAAUAUUAAUGAUCCAUUUAACGAAAUACAAUUUCGUAAAUAUAUUUACGAGACUUUAUGCGGUAGGUGUUUAAAGAACCUUGAAAGUGGUUUUGAACUUUUGUACGAUAUUUGUAGGAUUAUACGUCUUCAACAUGCCAAAGUAUCAUUCAGGGGAAGAAAUAAGGCUAGUGAGUGGAAUGAAGUGACCAUAUUAAGUGAUCAACCAAAUAGAGUAAUAUGUAAUUAUUGCAAAGUGAGCAUAAUUAAAAAAAUAGAAAGAGUUAAGAUCCAUUUGGAUAAAUGCAGAAGAAAGAAUAAACGAAGCAAUAAUAAUUCCGCUGAAGUGUUAAGUGAUAUAUCAGUUUUAGAGUCAAGGCCAUCUACAUCUGCAGCAUCAAAUAAGUCUAGCCUGUCUGAUGAUAAUGAGCAAGAUGGUUUAAGCAUUAUUAGUGAUUCUUUUUAUUCGUCAAUUGUUCAGUCAACUGCAAUGACGAUGCAACAGCAAACAUCUAUUUCUAAAUUUGUUACUACAACAACAAGUAAUCAGAAGGAUGAACUAAAUUUACAAGUUGCAAGAUUUUUCUUUUCAGCAAAUAUACCAUUCAACGUAGUAGAAAAUCUUGAAUUUACCAAGCUGCUUAAAAAACUUAGACCUGGAUAUGAGCCACCAAAUAGAAAACAGAUAUCUUCAGAACUCUUAGUAAAGAUAAAUGAAGAAGUAAUCAAUUUAAUGAAAAAUGAUCUUGCUGAUGAUAGUGCUGUUACCCUAAUUCAAGAUGGUUGGAGUACAUUCAGUAAUGAUCCUAUAAUUGCUCAUAGCAUCCAUAGUAAAAAUAAACCUUAUCUCAUUUCUGCAAUUGACACUGGAAGCCAAUCAAAAACAGCAGAAUAUUGCGCUCAAGCUGCUAAGGAUGCAUUUAAAAUUGCAAAAGAAACGUUCAAUAAAGAUGUAUUUGCAGUAUGCACUGACAACGAAAAUAAAAUGUCUAAAAUGAGAAAACUUUUGCAGGCUGAAGCCCCUAAGUUGAUAACAUUUGGUUGCUCUGCUCAUUUUUUAAAUUUGGUUGAAAAGGAUGUCUCUCCAAAGUCUAUAGUAAAGCAUAUAAUAGCAAUUCAUAAAUAUUUUCGUAAUCAUCACCAACCACAUGGUUGGUUAUUGGAAAAAGGUGGACUGAUGCCACAGCUACCUAAUGAUACUCGCUGGAACUCCCAACUAGAUUGUUUACAGACAUACAUAUCUAAUCAUUCUCUGUACGUUGACAUUAGAGGUGAGCAUAUGGAAUCCAUUGAUCCUUCGAUAGGAAGCCUAAUUGACAAUCUAUCAAUACAGAGAGAAGCAAUAAAUUUAUAUGCACAACUGAAAAUUGUUAGUGUUGCGUUAGAUAAGUUGCAAGCAGACGAUACAACUUUGUCUGAAGCAGUUGAGAUUUGGCAAAGCCUCAUACAUAAUGAAAAAUUGGCUUUGUACAAAGAUGAUAUUUUAAAGAGGUUUAAGAAGGCAAUUGUUCCAUGUCAUUUUCUUGCCAAUUUAACAGAUCCAAAAUAUGAAGGAAGAACAUUGGAUAGAAGUCAAGAAGAAGAAGCUGAGGAAUGGUUGAAUGAAGUCUAUCCUGAAUUUAUGCCAGGCUAUUAUGCGUUUAAACUAAAAGAUGCUAAUUGUUUCCCAACAAAUUUAUUCAACGAUAGUGUUAAAAGCACAACAUCAGCAACAAAUUGGUUGAGAAUUAUAGAAAUAAAAGAAUCUAAGUCUUUCAAAUUGCCUGCAAAUUUUGCAAAAUUUUUACGGCAGUUGCACAAUUGUCCAGCUAGUACUGGAUCCAUAGAAAGAUUUUUCUCAUCUUUUGGGAUUAUUUGGAGCAAAAUUAGAAAUCGUUUAGGAAGAGAAAAAGCUGAAAUGCUUGUACGAAUUUACAGACAUUUAAGAUCAUGA